AUGACACCCCUACGUCUAGGAAUGACCUGCCAUGUGCUCGCACCCCGCUGCCAUGGACACUAUACGGCAGAACAGGCAGAUCUAGCAGGACAAAGUGUGCCGAGACCAAUCACGAUCAGCUUAUUAUCGCCAAAGGACUCUUUUACCAUUGAUCCGGCUGGAAUGGAAUGUUCGACAAAGUCAGCAUCCAAUAGUUCCAGCCUAAUCUCCUGCGCGCUUCGCCGUGGUUGGAGUCCAAGGGAUCGGGGAAAGGCAGUACUGGAAGAUUACUUGCUGCCGCAACCGGACGCGGAUAGACGGGGAGGACUGGUGCCAACAGCCGUAGCAGCAGAGAUCUUUUCACCAUCAGUGAGCGAUGUCAUGCGGGACAAUACCGUUGACGACGGACCCGCAAGCUAUAACACGAGACUAGCCAACGAAUGGAUAUUCGCACGCGAAUUGCACGGCAUGGCAUGGCAGGCGUUGGAUGAGAGCAGCGAAUAUGGACAGAGUAGUAAUAGUGGCUCUGGGGACACUGGCCAACAACAGGAGCAGGAGAAAGAACUACUAACCUUGGAGGAGUAUCAGCCAGAAGGCCCAGUCCAGUUGUAG